AUGGAAUCAAACAAAAAAAAAGGCCGGCCGCCGCAUCCGAGAGCAAAAGCAAAUCCAUUUUCAGCAUUAACAUUUGGAUGGACACUACCUAUGUUUUGGAGUGGAUUAAGGAAAGAACUAGAAGAAUCAGAUUUAUACCAGCCUUUGGAAGAGCAUGCAUCUGGACCUCUUGGUGAUAAAUUCGCUCGUCUAUGGGAGGAGGAAGUAGCCAGGGCUGAAGGCAAGCGCACACCAAGUCUCCUCAGGGUACUACUAAGAGCUUACGCAGCGAGAUGCAUGCUGUACGGAUUCGUCUUAUUCUUCAUGGAGUGUGGGAUACGCAUACAACAGCCGCGUAUGCUGGGUCUUUUUAUCGGCUAUUUCGGACAAGACGACCAAGUAUUGAUGCACACUCGUCUAUCAGAUUUGAAGGAUAAAGUGAUGCGAGCCAGAUCUAAUAUGACAGAGCCCAUCAUAGCCCAGCCGGUUUUCCUGGGCAAGCUAGUGGAAUAUUACAGUCCUGAUCAGAAGACGAUGAAACCUCAAGAGGCGUAUAUGUAUGCUGGCGCUGUGGUGCUUUGUUCAGCUUUGAAUGUCUUCGUGGUACAUCCGUACAUGAUGGCGAUAUUACACAUGGGCAUGAAGUUCAGGGUCGCUUGCUGUUCGCUCAUAUACAGAAAGUCUCUCAGGUUGUCGAAAACAGCUCUCGGUGAAACUACAAUAGGUCAAGUGGUCAAUCUGCUGUCCAACGACGUGAAUAGAUUCGACGUGGCCGUCAUCUUCCUACAUUACCUAUGGAUAGGACCCCUAGCUACGGUCAUCGUGACAUACUUCAUGUGGCUCGAGAUAAGCUGGGCGGCUGUGGUGGGUGUUGGAUUCAUGCUGGCAUUCAUACCAUUACAAGCCUACCUAGGGAAACGUACGUCAGUACUGCGUUUGAAGACAGCAAUCCGUACUGACGAGAGGGUGAGACUGAUGAACGAGAUCCUCUCCGGUAUACAGGUCAUCAAGAUGUAUACGUGGGAGAAACCCUUCGCUGAUCUGGUGGCUAAGGCCAGGAAGCAAGAAAUAAAACAGAUCCGUGCUACGUCAUAUAUACGGGGUGUUCUCACUUCAUUCAUAAUGUUCACUACGAGGAUAUGUCUGUUGGUGUCGAUACUGGCUUUUGUUCUGGAGAAUAACGUGAUCAGCGCCAAACAGGUGUUCGUGGUCACUAGCUUCUACAACAUACUGAGGCAGACCAUGACUGUAUUUUUCCCACAAGGUAUAGCACAAGUAGCAGAAGCGACUAUAUCCAUCCAGAGGUUACAGAAUUUCAUGUUGUAUGAAGAUACAAGCAAGCCGGUCCCAGGGCUCGCUGAGAUACAGACCUCAACUAAACCUAAAUUGAAGGAGGUCAAAGAAGAACAGAGACCUUCGAUGGAAUCCAAAGAGGAUCUAGAAACUAAAGACUCAAAAACGGUCUUAGAUGAACCCGAAAAAAAGGUUGCUGAAGCCAAAGGAAAUGGUAAAGGUGGUCCUACAAUGGAGUCAGCUGAGGAAGAUGACGAAGAGCUGGCUACGAGAGUGGAACAGGACUCGAGGGGCAUCAGGUUGAAGUAUGCAACCGCUAAGUGGAUAACAUCACACACAGAGAAUACACUCACGGAUUUAUCACUCACUGUGAAACCUGGAAAAUUAAUAGCAGUGAUAGGUCCAGUGGGUGCUGGUAAGUCAUCUCUGCUGCAUGUGUUGUUGAAGGAGCUGCCGCUACACUCGGGCAGCGUACACGUUGGUGGUACUAUCUCGUAUGCUAGUCAGGAGCCCUGGCUUUUUGCAGGUAGCGUCCGUCAGAACAUUUUAUUCGGACAGGCGAUGGAUCGUCCCCGGUACAACGCUGUGGUGCGGAGAUGUGCACUGGAUAGAGACUUCACACUACUACCGCACGGAGACAAGACGGUGGUGGGGGAGCGGGGGGUCAGUCUCAGUGGAGGUCAGCGUGCUCGUAUCUCCUUAGCGCGUGCCGUGUACAAGCGCGCGGAUAUCUAUCUGUUGGAUGAUCCUCUAUCCGCGGUAGACGCGCACGUCGGCCGCCAUCUUUUCGAAUCGUGCGUGGUGGGCUACCUCAAGAACACUACUAGGGUGCUUGUGACGCAUCAGCUGCAGUUCCUGAGAGACGUCGAUCAGAUUAUCAUAUUAAAGAACGGUUCGAUAGCGGCUGCGGGUGAUUUCGAAACGCUCAGCGCUUCAGGAAUGGACUUCGCCACGUUACUGGCGAGGGGAGAGGAGGAAGAGCGACCAGCUCCUGAAGAGAAAUCCAUUGUGGAGCCGGAGGAAUCAGUGCUCCAAGGAAGUUUCAGGAAACGGCAGAUGAGCAUACAUUCGGUCAGUUCGGUGGAUAACCUAACAGCCACGGCGCCGCCAGAGGGCGGUAGGGAGGAAGCGGAAAUGCGAUCAGCUGGAGCUGUUUCCGGUGCUGUAUACGGCGCCUAUCUAGGUGCAAGCGGACAUCCGCUGAUGGUUACUCUAAUGGUACUGGUAGCUGUGCUGGCGCAGUUACUAGGAUCUGGCUCUGAUUGGUGGACCAGUUUUUGGGUCAAUCAAGAGGAGGAUCAUCCAAAGUCAGUGUUGAGGACACUUGACUCGAGUAACACAUCAGGUCCUUUACAGUACUCAUCAAACUUCACACAAGCUCUGCUUGAAAACGCACACUUCAGUUCCGGUCUAACCAGAUACGACUGCAUUUAUAUUUAUACUGGUAUGGUGGUGUCAUUGGUGGUGAUAUCUCUACUCCGGUCAUUCAUGUUCUUCUCUAUGGCGAUGCGUGCGUCUACUCGGCUACACAACAACAUGUUCAGUUCUAUAACACGCGCCCCGAUGAGAUUCUUCCAUACUAACCCAUCGGGGAGAAUCCUCAACAGAUUCUCAAAGGACAUGGGAGCGGUUGACGAAGUACUCCCGGCUGCCUUGCUUGAUGUAUUACAAAUCGGUCUGUCCCUAAUCGGUAUAGUGGUAGUAGUAGCGGUGGUUAACUUCUGGCUGUUAGUCCCCACACUCUUCAUAGGUCUGAUCUUCUACGGUCUCCGUAUAUUCUAUUUGUCGUCCAGUCGAAGCAUCAAACGCCUCGAGGGUGUGACUCGCAGCCCAGUGUUCUCUCACCUCAACGCGUCUCUUCAAGGCAUCACUACUAUCCGUGCGUUCGGUGCGCAGGAAGCCCUCAUUAGAGAGUUUGAUAAUCAUCAGGAUCUACAUAGCUCUGCCUGGUACUUAUUUAUAGCCAGUUCCCGCGCCUUCGGUUUUUGGUUGGAUCUCGUAUGCGUUAUAUACAUUGCUGUAGUAACGCUCAGUUUCCUCGUGUUUGGACAAGAGGAGUAUGGUGGUAAGGUCGGUUUAGCCAUCACUCAAGCUAUGGGGUUAACGGGUAUGUUCCAGUGGGGCAUGAGACAGAGUACGGAACUUGAAAACCAGAUGACCAGCGUUGAGAGGAUACAAGAAUAUUCGAACAUAGAAUCUGAGCCGCCUCUCGAGUCUGAACCUAGUAAGAAGCCCCCGCCGUCAUGGCCGGACGCUGGUCGCCUUGAGUUCAAACAUGUAUACCUGUACUACACGCCCGGGGAACCCCCGGUGUUGAAGGACCUCAACUUACUGGUACUGCCCAAAGAAAAGGUCGGCAUAGUGGGUAGAACGGGAGCGGGGAAGUCCUCACUUAUUAACGCCCUUUUCAGAUUAGCUAAAAUUGAAGGAGAGAUUAUAAUAGAUGGCAGGGAGACGUCACAGUUGGGUCUCCAUGAACUAAGGAGUCAGAUCUCCAUCAUACCACAAGAACCUGUUCUAUUCUCCGGCACCAUGAGACACAACCUGGAUCCAUUUGAUGAAUAUCCUGAUCAAGUACUGUGGAGGGCUCUAGAAGAGGUGGAGUUAAAGGAAGCCGUGAACGAGUUGCCCGCUGGUCUCAGCUCCCGUAUGUCUGAAGGCGGCGGGAACUUUUCCGUGGGGCAGAGACAGCUGGUGUGUCUCGCGCGGGCCAUCGUGAGGCGGAACAGACUACUAGUGCUUGAUGAGGCAACCGCUAACGUGGACCCACAAACCGAUGCGCUCAUUCAAGCUACAAUAAGAAACAAGUUCGCUGAUUGCACCGUGCUCACCAUAGCUCACAGACUACACACAGUCAUGGACUCAGAUAAGGUGUUGGUGAUGGACGCCGGCAGUAUGGUUGAGUUCGAUCACCCUCACAAGCUGCUGCAGCAGACGGGCGGCGUGCUGCGGGGGAUGGCGGAGCAGACGGGCAGGGCCACGUACGACGGGCUGGCUAGACAGGCCAAGAUGGUGAGCGAUAUAUACAAUAUGUAG